AUGGUAAAUGAUAAUGGACAGUGCGAAGGCAAAGCCCAGCAGAAUAUCCCAGCUCCAAUUCUUGAUCUUUCGUGGACAGACGAUGGGACGAAAAUUUUCAUAUCAACAGGUGACAAGGAAGUUCGAUUGUGGGAUCUCGCUUCCAAUCAGGUUGCAGUAGUUGGAACGCACGAUGCACCCGUGAAAACUUGCCAUUGGAUAAAAGGUUUCGCUUUAGGAAAUAACUACUCUUGUUUGAUGACUGGGUCAUGGGACAAAACGCUGAGGUUUUGGGAUAUGCGGCAACUUCCAACACAAUCGUCUUUAGCAAAUAUAACACUUCCAGAGCGAGUAUACUGCGCUGACGUUUUAUACCCAAUGGCAGCAGUGGGUUUGGCAAACCGUCAUAUCAAAGUGUACAAUUUAGAGAAUGGUCCUCAAGAAGUAAAAGAUAUUGAGAGCCAGCUUAAAUUUCAGGUAAGUGACCUGGCUUUAACACAGUUUGGUCGUCUUUGUUCAACUCCAAUUUUUCAUGCCGUCCGUCUGCUUGAAAAUUUUCUUCGAAUCAAAUUAUGGCAGUUGGUUCGUAAACUAGACUAA